CUCGAUCAUCAUCGUCUCACUCAACACAAACCCCACAGUAACAUCAUCAUCUUUCGUCUCACAUUCAGUGUUCUUCUCUCCGAUCCAAAACCCUAAGAGAAGUUCCGAUCGUUCCCGUGGUCACAAUCAACAAGAAAAACAUCUCCCUUGUUACCUGAGUGUUCCUUCCGUUUCGGACUCACAUUCGACGGAGAUAAUUCGACUCAGGAUCGCCUUGUUGGUCGAUCGUAUUCUCUAAUUCGGCUCGCGUCUUCUCGAUUUUGCCAACGGUCUCCGUUCACAAUUUCCAUCUCGGCUGAUGUCAUUGUGAAUGAAUCUCGUGAGAAGUCAGACACCAUUUUAGAUUAUCGAGGAGAGAUAAACUGCCCCCAAUGGUUAACUUGUCCGUAUAUCUUACAGACCUACACUGAUCUGAAGAUUGUUUACUUGUAACUUAUUUUGCUUCAGGGAUGAAGACUUUGUUGCAGAUUUACUGUGAAAGUGAGACACGUUCGACAUGAAAUCUCAGACAUAAAUUUGAGCCUUUGGAUUGAAGAUUUUCGUCUUGCAUUCACUCCUUUCUAAGAAAUUCCUUUUCUGCGUUCUGUGUCAUGGACGCUCCCAGUCCCAAGCGACCUUGCCAUGCCCCUUCGGUUACUUCCUCCUUAGAAAACCCUGGUUCCCUCCCUAGUGCUCAAGGUUUCAACCAAAGCAACAUCGAUAUGACUAUUUCUUCUUUCCUUUCAUUGUCGGACUUGCCUUUGUUCGCCUCACCACUCUCUAUUGGAUGCUCUUUUGAUCGAGUGCUUGAUAAAGUUAUCCCCUCAGCAGCUGGAACUUCCCAUGAUGAAUUCGAGCAGGAUCGUUUCCUGGAUCGUACUCUCCAACUCGCAUCGGUUCUUUACAAGUCCACAGAACGUUGCAUCAGAAAACGCGCCACCCUCCAAAAUUCCAUAUCGUGGCCUCUCCUCCCUGAACUAACCAUUAAGGUAUUUUCAAUGCUUGACACAAAGUCUCUCAUGCAAGCUUCUGCAUGCUGCACGAUGUUCAACAAGUGUGCCAUGGAUCGUGUAUGUUACUCUCACAUCGACCUAACAACCGCUGCCGAACAUGUUGAUAAUGGAGUUGUGUGUAGAAUGAUCCAUCGGGCAGGAAAAGAACUCAGAUCCUUCAAACUUGGUUCUAUUUCUCCCUCAGCUGGAUCUACAUCUUUGCUCACAAGAUCCUGUCUUACCCCAUUAACCUUUAAUCAUGGUUUUGCUGGGGGUUGUUUGAGAAGUCUACACCUUUACCAUCUCAGAAUGAUGGAUGGCGAGUCCUUAUCUCCUGUGUUGUCAGCCUGUUUAAAUGUCACUGAUUUGAAGAUUGUUGGAUUUGUUCCAGGACGCGGGUUAAAUCCACUAGAGCAGUUAGGUUUACUCACGAGAAACUGUCGCUUGAUAGAGAACCUGUUCAUAGAGAUAUAUAAUUCAGCAGGCCGUAUAACAGAUUCAAGCUUGUUAGAGUUUGGGGAUAAUUUCCCCAACUUAAUUUCGCUAUCACUCCUAUGUUCUCGGCUAAAUGACGCAAUAGCACAAAAAUUAAUCAAGGGUUUUCGUCACCUGAAGCACAUUAAUUUGUCGAGAUCGCCUGAAAUCAGUGGUUGCUUUUUGAGGGGUUUGGGACUUUGCUGCAAAGAUAGUCCACUGGAGACUCUAAUAUUGUGCAACUGCAAUUCUCUAAAGGAGAGAGAAGUUUUGCUGUUUUUGAAUUCUUUACUGGACGGAGACUUCAAAUCCAUUCGACUUAUCGACGUAUCUAACAACCAAGGUUUAGUCUCUGAUGAAGGCAGUAGUUCUUCUGGACCAAGAUUUCCUAUCGAGGAGCUGAAAAAACAGAGACCAGAUGUCACAGUUGUGGCAAUAUUUGAAUCACAAUCAUCAUCAUCAUCAUCAUCAUCAAGCUCAGGUGAGGUAUAUCCCGACGGCACCUCUUCCUGGACUUCUGAGACUGGCAGCGAUAGCCUCUCCUUGAGUUCUAAUAAUAACAGCGAGGAUGAGCAUGACUACGACAUGGACUCUAUAUAAGUUCAUAAUUUAUUUUUGGCGUACCCAGAGAGGUCUCCGAAAAGUCAAAUAUUGUUUCAUUCUCUCCGAGAAUCUAAAUAGUUUGUCUUCCUCCUAAUCUUCUCCAUUAAUUGGUAGUUAUGCUAAUGGAUUUGUCCAAGAAUUCAUGUAAUCCGUUUUCUAAUAAUUCUCGAAGAAACACGAUCACUUCAAAAGUAAGAAACAUUCAAACUG